GCGUCCCUCGAGCCAAAACUAAACCCACUUCUUUCUCUCUGUGAGCAUGUCAUCUACCAUUUCUUCUGGAGUCUCUCACUACCCAGAGUCCCAACCUUUGACCCCUUCUGAACUCCCAGAAAGCUUUCCUUGGCAACUUUAACUAAAACCCAUUGAUACCCCAAUGGCUUUUUCACUGCUACCAAUUAUUUUCAUCUUCAGUCUCAUCCCACUUACACUCUCUGUUCCUUUUAUCGUUUUCCAUGGCAUUGGAGAUAAAUGCACAAAUCGAGGAGUCACACACUUUACGGAACUCUUAAGCAACUGGUCUGGUUCUCAAGGAUAUUGCAUAGAAAUUGGUGAUGGAUCAUGGGAUUCCUGGACAAUGCCUCUACUGGAACAGACGGCUGUUGCUUGUGAGAAGGUAAAAAGUAUGAGUGAACUAAGUGACGGUUACAACAUAGUUGGACUUUCUCAGGGUAACAUGGUUGGUAGAGGAGUAAUUGAACUUUGUGACAGUGGACCUCCUGUCAGAAAUUUUAUAUCACUAGCAGGUCCUCACGCUGGUACAGCUUCUAUUCCAUUUUGUGGAUCUGAGUGGAUUUGUGUUCUCCUGGACGACUUAAUCAAGUCAGAGAUCUACAGCAGCUAUAUCCAGGAACAUUUGGCUCCAAGUGGUUAUGUUAAAAUCCCUACUGAUAUUGCUGCCUAUCUAAAAGGGUGUACAUUUCUUCCAAAGCUGAACAAUGAAAUCAAUAGUACAAGAAAUUCCACUUAUAAGGAACGAUUUGCCAGCUUAGAGAAUUUGGUGCUUAUCAUGUUUGAGCAGGACACUAUAUUGAUACCCAAGGAGACCUCCUGGUUUGGAUACUACCCUGAUGGAGCCUUUGAUCCAAUAUUGCCUGCACAGGAGACUGAGCUGUACACUGAAGACUGGAUUGGUUUGAAAACCUUGGACGAAGCUGGAAAAGUCAAGUUCAUUAAUGUGUCAGGUAAUCAUCUGGCCAUCUCGAAAAGUGACAUGAAAAAGUACGUCGUGCCAUACUUGGAAGAUGGAACAUCAAUGCAAACGAUGAUGGCAGAGUCUUCAUCACAAAACUUACUUUUAUCAACCUGGAACUUCCUCGUGAGGUUUGCUGGGCUCAAAGAGGAUCGACAAUUGGUGCUGACCGUGGUUUAGUGAUGAAGAGUAAUUACAAAUUUUCACAAUGCAGAGGUGUUGAGGGAUUGAUAACACAUUUACACGCUACUCUUUUUGAAAUGUUGUAUAAUAGAGUUCAAUAGGACUCAUCAUGUCUGUUUAUAUGCAUUACUGAGAAGUGAGAACUGAGAGCAGGAACACAUGGCUUAUUGGCUCAACUAGUUUAUGAAGAACAAUGAAACUUGUCUUACAUAAAUUGGUCGAUACCUUGCAAUACCAACACAUGAUAUAUCUAGAUAAAUUAUUAAGCAUUGGUUACUCCAGG